AUGGGAGGCGGUGGUGGUGGUUACGGUGGAAGUGGCGGAGGAGGUGGAGGUUAUGGAGGCGGAGGUAGCUCCGGCGGUGGUGGUGGCUACGGUGGUAGCGGUGGAGGCGGUGGUGGCUAUGGUGGCGGCGGAAGUGGAGGAGGAGGUUACGGUGGUGGAGGUAGUUCUGGCGGAGGUGGUGGUUAUGGCGGAAUGGGAGGUGGCGGUGGAGGAUAUGGAGGCGGAGGUAGCUCCGGUGGCGGUGGAGGCUACGGUGGGGGCGGUAUGGGAGGAGGAGGUUAUGGAGGCGGAGGUAGCUCCGGUGGUGGCGGUGGAUACGGCGGAGGUAGCUCUGGUGGUGGCGGCGGAUACGGUGGAGGUGGCGGUGGAGGUCAUGGAGGUGGUGGUGGCGGCUAUGGCGGUGGCGGUAUGGGAGGCGGUGGUGGUGGCUACGGCGGAAGUAGUGGAGGAGGUGGAGGUUAUGGAGGCGGAGGUAGCUCUGGUGGUGGUGGUGGCUACGGUGGUGGCGGUAUGGGAGGCGGUGGUGGUGGCUACGGCGGAAGUAGUGGAGGAGGUGGAGGUUAUGGAGGUGGAGGUAGCUCCGGUGGUGGUGGUGGCUACGGUGGUGGCGGUAUGGGAGGCGGCGGUGGUGGAUACGGUGGUAGUGGUGGAGGUGGUGGAGGGUAUGGAGGAAGUUCCGGUGGCGGUGGCGGCUACGGUGGUGGCGGUAUGGGCGGUGGCGGCGGAGACAGAAUAUUUGCAGCAAAAAUUCUAGAUAAUCUACAAUAUUAUUCAGGUUAUGGUGGUGGUGGUGGAAAAGGCGGCGGCGGCGGCGGAUAUUCUGGUGGUGGUGGAAAAGGCGGCGGCGGCGGUGGAUAUUCUGGUGGUGGCGGAAAAGGCGGCGGCGGUGGUGGUUAUGGUAAAGGUGGCGGCGGCAUGUCCGGUGGAUAUUAA